CCAUGACAGUAUCCCUUUAGAUAAGAAACCAUUUAAGGUAUAAAAAAAACUCUAAAAUUCAUGACAUCUAUAUAUAAAGGUAAAUAUAAAGGUAAAGAAACUUACAGUGUUGUAGUGGUUUUUAAAGUUAUAACUAAAUGCAAUUGUCACUGAAAGCAGCUUAUAUUGUCUACAUUGCUUGUUCUGAGUGUAAGUAGCACAAUAGCAGCUGAUGAACAAACGUGGAGGAAACUGAUGUUGUGCUACAUUGUUUCACCAGUCACAACCAGGGAAAAGAAAUAAUAACUCAUUCUGCUUUCCAGUGCAAAUACAGUUACAAAUGUAUAAAUGCUGCUUCCAUUGCGCAAUAAAAAUGUUUUGGGGUAAGAUUCCCUUUAAGCAGCUAAACUGGAGCAGAAUAAGUAGCCAAAGUAGUCCCUUAUCAACGAACCGCUAUGGUAACAUGGCACAAUGGCAAAGCUACUUGUACCCUCAGAGCGAGUGUUCGGGCAGCUGAACUCAUAUCCCAGUCCCUUCUAUCUACACACAGACACACGUGACAUUUCCUGCAUGCCUUCUGCUUCAGUUCCGCCAGGUUCUUGCAGGCAAUCCCGUACUUCUGCUCGAUGUGUAAUGUCCUGGUUUGUAACACCGGAUCUUUUUUCUCGGCGGAGGUACAGCUACUAUACCAUUCUUAUCUCCUGACACGCAUGCUCACUCCUUCCCUGCGCUCUGCCGCAUAACCAAGCGCUCCGGUUCGCAGCCGAACUCCAUCUCCCAGAAUGCUUUGCUUCAAGUCAUUUCGCGCUUGCGCAGUACUUGGGUUGUUGUCAAGCGGUGGUUAUGGAGAUGGGAGAGAAGGAGCGGUGGAACGCGGGCCGGUUCUGUGUAUCGCCCCUGGGACUCGGCUACUGAUAUUUUGUGCAGCGAUUAAAACUCAGGCCUUGCGACAGAAAGUCCGUCAGGCCUUAGGAGCGGCAGUUUCUAGCAAAAACACAGACAAAAAGUCUCCAAAGAAGUUGGAAAAUGAUGAAAAGGGUCUGAUGGAAUCUGAUGAACAGGAACUCAUAAGCAAAACCGACAACAUAGCGUCUAAUGAAAGCAAUGCUGGAAACGUUAAUACAUGUCCUUCUGCAUCCCCCUUUUCUGAUUUGAAUGAGGUUUCACGUAAUGGCUUAACAGAUGACCGUGAGGAUGGAGUAGGGUUUAGUCACAAAACAUCCUCUGAGCCCUCUAAAGUAAGAGAGGUUUAUCUGAAUGGCAGUCCAUUUGUAGAUGAAGACAGCAAUCAACCGAUGCCUCUGGGGCUCUUUUUGAAAAUGCAGAUCUAA